UGUCUAGGGGCCGCGCCGCCUCCGCCCUUGGGAGGAGGAGCCCUGGGCGCGGCGCUGGCACGGAAGCUUCUAGCACGUCUGCCGCGUCCCGGGUGCCUGCCCCAGGGCGGAGGCCGUGAUCGCCGGUGUGUGAGGACUCAAAUCGUCCUAGUGUUUUGUUUCUCUCGUCUCGCUAGCCCGAAAGUGUAGAAUAGCCGUUUGCUGAAUGCUUACCCUUCCUGGCCUUUCCAGUGCAGUAUGUAGGCAUGGGAGGAUGGGGCAGUCAAGUGGCAGGGUCUGGGUAACACUCAUCUUGAGGUUUGUGCCACCGACAUGUCGCCAUGAAGCGGGAAGUGGUCUGUUUCCUGUUGCUGCUGCAGCAGAUACUGCCGCCGUGGGAGUCAAAGGCCUAAAGGGUGGUGGCCCCAGCGUGGGUAACAGUGGUGGUACUAAUGGUACCUCUUUCAGCUACACAUUCCAUGGAGACCCUCAUGCCAUGUUUGCUGAGUUCUUCGGUGGCAGAAACCCCUUUGACAACUUUUUUGGGCAGCGCAACGGGGAGGAAGGCAUGGAUGUCGACGACCCAUUCUCGGGCUUUCCCAUGGGCAUGGGUGGCUUCACCAACUUUGGCCGCUCCCGCCCUGCUCAAGAGCCCACCCGGAAGAAGCAAGAUCCCCCAGUCACCCAUGACCUUCGGGUCUCUCUUGAAGAGAUCUACAGUGGCUGUACCAAGAAAAUGAAAAUCUCCCACAAGCGACUGAACCCUGAUGGAAAGAGCAUUCGAAAUGAAGAUAAAAUACUGACCAUCGAAGUGAAGAGGGGUUGGAAAGAAGGGACCAAAAUCACCUUCCCCAAGGAAGGGGACCAGACCUCUAACAACAUUCCAGCUGACAUCGUCUUUGUUUUAAAGGACAAGCCACAUAAUGUCUUCAAAAGAGAUGGCUCUGAUGUCAUUUAUCCUGCCAGGAUCAGCCUUCGGGAGGCUCUCUGUGGCUGCACAGUGAACGUUCCCACUCUGGACGGCAGGACCAUCCCUGUUGUAUUCAAAGAUGUCAUCAGGCCUGGCAUGCGGCGGAAAGUUCCUGGAGAAGGCCUCCCUUUGCCCAAAACCCCGGAGAAACGUGGGGACCUCAUUAUUGAAUUUGAAGUGAUCUUCCCCGAAAGGAUCCCCCUGACAUCCAGAAGCGUCCUCGAGCAGGUUCUUCCCAUAUAACCCAACAGCAUUCCCCAAGGACUGAGCCAGGGACCUUUCUAGAGCUUGAGGAUUUCCAGACCGUUCCACCAGUUGUGCACUACAAGAGGGCGGGAGGGCCCAGGGAGGGCUUUCGCUCUGCCUGAUGUUUUCUGCAGCAUAUAUUACAAUCUUUCAAAGUCGAGCACUAGACUUAAGUGGUUUUUCGAGGGAUAGGCAGGCUGUGGGAACAGCAGCCCUCCCACAAUGGAUCCACUCUGCACUUCCAGCCCCUGCCCAGGGGUGUGAGGCAGGCCUGCAGCUAAACUCGCUGUCUUUGUUGUCCCUUUGCUUCUGACCAUUGUGUGACAGAGACCCACCAUCUUGGUUGCCAGACCACCCUGUGCACUCGUCAAUAUCUGCUGUGUGAGCAGGUCUUGUAUUUGAAUUUGUCCCCAUACCUCUUCCCCUGAAGAAUCCUGUCUUCUCUUUGGCCAUCUCAAAUUGAGACCAGUUAUGUGGGACUGCCAGGCCAGCAUCACAAGCAAUACCUCGUUGUAGGACCACAGGGCCAGCCUGGAGUGAACAAGUCUCCAUGCUCUAGGGUCCUGGCCAGCUAGGAGGUUCCCUGGACCUCUGGCUCUGCCGAAGCCAAAUGGCUGGCUUUUGGGUCACACACUUUGCUGGUUCAAAGGCCAUCUGGGGCUUCCUGGUGGCCCAAGUCAUUUUGUGUGUGUGAUGGACUCUGGACUCUCAAAAGGAUCUAACCCUUUUGAAUUUUGCACAGCCCUCAGUACAAUCCCUUUUGAUAAAAGGGUCUUUGCUUCUGAUGACAGAAGCACUGGGAAGUCUGUAAAUACGUUUUUAUAAUUCCACGCGAAGCUGAUGUGUACUCAGAUGAAUGCAGACCCUGGCAACCCCUGCUGUCUGUCCAGGGCCGUGAUGGAAUCAGACAGAUGUCGGGAGUGAGGGCAACGGGAGUGAAGGAGUCUGUUCUCUGAAGCCAUCCUGGUGCUCUGACCUUCUGGCUCAUUGUAAGUCGCCACUGCCGACACGAGACCAAAGUGUGUGACUUGUCAUUAUGCAGCAUGACAGCAUUAAAGACUGAUGCUAAACCUCA